AUGUGUUAUUUGAUAGAUUUUGGUGUUGUAAAGUUGUUGUGCGCUUGUGUGGCUGGUGUGGCGAGGUUGGUAGUGCGUCGUCGUCUGCGAGUGGUGGUUGGGACAGUGUUGGUGUUAGCGGGUUUUUGUGCUGGGGCAGUAGAUAGCACCCCACAAAACUGCAAGGAAAGGUCCCAUGAAUACGAAAGCCACAAGGGAUUGAGGCGUUCAAUGUAUUUUGCUGUGUUUAGUGCUAGCCCCUGUAGCAACAGUGAUCCUGAAGGACUACAGACUGCAAAGGUUGUGGCCUUUGGCCCACCCACUGUGGACCUAAAACAUUUCAAGCUGUGGGAUUUCCAUGCCCUUUGUCCAACUUGUGGGCAGAAUACGAAGUCUAAAUCUCCUCAAAAGGGAUGGAGUUCUUCCGCUAAAUCGCGUCCUCUUAAGAGAUCCUGGAAGACGCCAAAUAGCGAAGCGUUACGUUCCAGUCCGGAGCCUUUUCCGGAUUAUUCGCCUGCUCGUAAGAAGAGAGCCAUGAGAACUCCUGACUCUUCCCCGGAAGACUUAUCACACAAGACAAAGGAAGUCUUGGUAGGACUCCAACAGCAGUUGUCUGCCUUAGUAGGAGUUCUUGCUGAAGGCUCUUCUAGGAAGAAAGACAUUUCUCUUCCCAUCAAGAGUUCCGUUAGGAGAGAGUCAGAGAGUAAGCGUCCUGGCGUUAGCAGACGCUCCUCGCCUGAAAGGUUUUCGUCCCCAGCGAGACCUUCUUCAGUCGUACAUGACAGAAAUCGGAAACGCCCUAUGAGCAAGAGUUCUCCCAGGAGUUUGACUAGAGAAGAGUUUGCCUCCCAUGGAACGCAAGAGUUUUCGCCUAAUAGGCCUCGAAGAUUGGACAAGUUUUCUUCUCCUCCUAGGAGGAGGAGGAGAGAUUCUAGCUCCUCUCCGGAAAGACGCAAAGGAAAAAGGAGUUAUUCGCCUGCUAGACGCAGUCAACGGGACACAAACGUCUCCCCUCAUGGACGACGGGAACAGAAGGUUCUCCUUUCUCCUCGCAGGCGCAUUUCGCCUUCUAGGCGUCCUCAUCAGGACGCAAAUGCCUCUCCUUCUUGGACCAGGCAGCCUCACCAGGACGCAAGCGCCUCGCCUUCUUGGCCUAGGCGCUCUCACCAGGACGCAAACGCGUCUCCUUCUUGGCGCCAGGAACAGGAUGUUCUACUUUCGCCUAGCAGGCGUUCUUCGCCUCACAGGCGCCUGAUUCAGGACGCAAGCGCCUCUCCUAGCAGACGCAAGGAGCACAUCAGAAGUCCGAGUAUAGAGAAACUCCAGGACUCACACAGGAAGGAUGAUAGGAGUAAGGAAGAAAGGAAAAGACUUCCUUCAAAGGAUCGGCUCCUGUUGAGGAAAAGCCUCUUACUCCCACAUCACUUUUGGAAGAAGUAUCGGAUGAAAGAGAUAACCAAAGAUGCAGGAGUUUCAGACUAUAAGAGACUUGCUUCUCUAUUGCUGCAGGUGUUUGGAGACUCACUACGCCAGUUCGGAUCCCCCUUCGCCAGGAUCGUUAUUAUCCAGUACGAAAAUGUCGAAGGCUUCCUCAUUCGUUAA